UGGCCGGAAUCACAAGGAAGAACCUAAUGCACGUGUCAGUCUUACUGACUGUCGCCUUUCUACUGGGAUAUUUUACUAACCCUUUGAACCUUCCACUGGAUCACUGGAGACCUCCGUGUACCUGCUGUGAUCGUAGACUGACCACUGAUACUAUUACCCCACUGCGAGACAACCGGACAUUUAUCAUAGCUCCAUAUUUCGAACACAGAAUUCAAGAUAAACGCGCAGUCCGUAUCCUCAGCAUUAUUCACCAUAAAGAGGUAAAGGAGCUAUACUGCUGGUUUUGUUGUACCAUAAACAAAUAUGUUAUGGUCUCCCAGGCCCAAAUAGACAUACUGCGUCAUCGGUUCGGCUUUCCCUAUGGCGCAACGAACCUUGUCUGUAUGGAACCACCAGGCUGCUAUGCCAAGUACCUAUCUGUCCAUACGUCUCCUACAGGAAACAUGACCGAAUUACCCUUGUUCCAAAUACAAAAUCAGGACAUGAGACCGUUUUCCGCCAACUUCACGGUCUGCAUUUCCACCAUGUUUGGGAAUUACAGUAACGUCUUACAGUUCAUACAGACCAUGGAGAUGUACCGGAUACUGGGGGCUCAACGGGUCAUGAUCUACCUUAAUAACUGCAGCCCACAGGUGGAAAAAGUCAUUCAGUACUACAUUGCGGAAGGUAUUGUAGAGGUGAUACCAUGGCCAAUUCAGCAGUACCUGAGAACGUCUCCAAAAUGGAACUAUUUUAUGGAUGCCAAGGAUAUUGGGUAUUAUGGUCAAGUGACAGCACUCAAUGACUGUAUCUAUCGGAACAUGUACCGGAGUAAGUUUGUGCUGCUUAAUGAUAUCGAUGAAAUAAUUCUGCCAAUCAAACACCAGACAUGGGACAGCCUGAUGGAAAGUCUCCAGCAACAGAACCCGGGAGUUGGGGUUUUCCUAUUUGAAAAUUAUGUGUUCCCUCAAACCGUCACCACUGAUGGAAACUUCUCCAACAUUUCAUCUUGGAAGAGUUUGCCGGGGACCAAUAUACUGCAGCACAUUCACUAUGAACCACGCGGACCAAAAUAUAUAUAUAGUGAAAAAAUGAUUGUGGAUCCUAGGAAGGUAAUGCAGAUAUCUGUACACUCUGUUUUAAAUUCUGUUGGAGGUUUUAUAGAAGUCUCUGUGGAAACAGCCCUGCUUUACCAUUGCAGAGAGCCUCGUCAGAACUUAUCUGAUACAUCUUUAAUUGAGGAUAAAACUAUUUGGAGAUAUAAUGCUUCAUUGAUCAGAAACGUUAACAAGGUGCUGAGACAAAUAGAUUUAUAGCAAUACUAACCCAAGAAAAUGGUCAUUCUAGUCUAUGACCACACAAUCUAUGACCAUGUACUCAUUGCUGCCUAAUACUCUGCUGCUCCGAU